AUGGCCACGUCCGUCGCCGUCGCGGGCUCCUCCUCCGCCUCCGACUCAAAGCCAUCAGGCGUAGCGCAAGCCAGCGUUAUCUCGCAGUACAUUGCUGCCAGCGCCGAGCUCCACCCGCCUCGCUCGGUGCGGCGAGGCGUGCGCGUGAGCAACGCCCUCGCUCGCUGGCGGUGUGCCUUUGACACAAACCCGGAUAAACUGUCAGAGGAGGAGAGGGCAAAGCUGCACGCGAGAUCGAUGACGGUUGAGGACGUCGACGCGUUUGUCAGCCACAGCUGGGCGAGCAGCGGCCGCCGCAAGUGGAUCGCCCUCUCGCUGGAGGAGACGGGCGCCGUUCCGAUGGCCGCGGCGGUCGCUACUUCGAUCGCCGCCAUCCUCAUCCAGCGGACGUGGGGACUACCGGGUGACAUCUGGACGACGUGGGCGCCGGACGACGACGACGAACACUACAGUCGACUUGUCUUCUCGCCGCUGGCGUUUCUCUCCGGCCUGCUAGCAACCUUCAUCGCGGGCGCCCUGUGUCUGGGUGUGUGCAAGCGCGUCUACUUCAUCGACGGCAUGUGCAUCGACCAGUGCGACUCGGAGAAGAAGCUGCUCGGCAUCCGGAGCAUUGGAGGCUUCCUCUCCAUCUCCUCGCAGUUUGUGGCGCUUUGGGACGAGCAGUACUUUACUCGUCUCUGGUGUGUGUAUGAGCUCGCCGUCUACCGCGCCCUCAACCCGCGCCGGCCAGUUCUCUUCCUCCCGCUUCGCUUUCGCGCGAGCGUCACCGUCGGGUACCUCAUGGUCCUGCUCAGUGCCACCGGCGUGGCCGUGUGGCCGUCGAGCUGCGCCCUCUUCUACGGGGAUGACCUGAGCGCUCUGGCCAGCUCGCCCUAUCCCUACGUGACGCUGUUCGCCUUCUGGGUUGCAAUUUUCGCGUGUAGCCUCAUGACGGUCGUCCUUGGAGCGAAUCUCGAGCUGCAGCGGAGCUUGCUCCAGAGACAGCUCGAGUCGUUUGAUGCCAGCCAGGCCGGGUGCUCGAGCCAGGCCGACCGGGCGGAGAUCCUGGCCGCGAUCGCAGGCAUCUACGAGGGCGGCUUGGACGCAUUCACCGAGAUGGUGCGGUCCUCGGAGUUCAAGCGCCAAGUGAUCGAGCUCCUGUCGACUCGACGUUUGGUGUGCGGACAUUUCACCUUCUUGAUGAGUCCGAUGGUCUCCUUGAUGGCGUUCGUUAUCUGCAUGUUCGGCCACCAGUCAGCACUCACCCAGAUCAUAACAUUGACCGCCCUGGUCGCGUGGCUCGUCGCCGGAUUCCCCUUCCUCAGUGCCCUGCUGCUCGAGCGAGGCAGCGGGGUAGUCCGCUCGCUGGGCAUCACGUCCGACUCGACCCGCUUCCCCCGGCUCCUCUCGAAGGCAUCUGCUGGGCGCCGGACGCUCGAGGGCGAUCUCGAUCACGACCUUGGGCUGGCGUGGGCGGCGUGCCGCUCCGCCUCCGAGGCGAUCCUCUGCAUGCUCGUCAGCAUCGCCACCAUCGUCUUUGCGAUGGACCCCGGGUGGUUUGGACUAAAUGCGGUUGCUUGCGUGCUGAUUGCGCUGUGCAGUCAUCUGCCCCUUGUGGCUGAGUGCAAAAACGACUCUCGAGGUCUCGCGGGUAUUCCAUUCGGUUACAACUCUGGGCUGGACCUAGUCUGCGGCGCGUUUUGCGUUAUUCGACUCGCGCGCACAGACGCGUGCAUGGAGCAAGAGCUCGAGGACCUGCAGCAGCGGUUCGCGCUACUCGAGGGCGACCGCAAGGCCUUCUAUGAGCAGUCGCAGGUCACGCUCAAGCACAACAAGGACACUGCCGACGAGCUUCACGCGCCGAAAACAAAGACCUGA